AUGGGGCCUUAUACAGGCCCCCUACGACCCCUAAAAAAACCCUGGUUUGACGCGGAUGAUUUAGAAUUUGACGAGGAAAACUUAACACAAUUCCAGGGUGACGAAUGGAUGCAAGGAAACUUACACUUCCGUGAUUUCAAUAUCUACGGUGAGAAAAAAAUUAAUGUCGAUCUCGGAGAAAACGCAGAAAUGAUAGAUUUUGUGAAACUUUUUAUUGAUGAUCAUGUUAUGGACAUUAUGGUUCAAGAAACCAACAAGUAUGCCGCAGAUUUCUUGGCGUCUCUGCAGGGACAAAAUCUGAAACGUCAGUCAAGAUUCAGGAAAUGGAAUGACGUUUCGCAGGAUGACAUGAUGAGGUUUUUGGCCAUUAUAAUCGGUAUGAGACUUGUCCAGCUCCAAGAUAUCCAAGAUUAUUGGUCUAAAGACGAAUUAUUGGAGACCCCAGGCCUCAGAAAAAUAUUGCCCAAGAAUAAAUUCCUUCUGAUGUUGUCUUUGUUGCACGUUUGCAACAAUGACAAUAACAUUCCACGAGGACAGGACGGACAUGACCCCAUCUUCAAAAUAAGAAGAAUAUUUGACCACCUGAAGCAGAAGUUUGCUGAUGUGUACUCCCCAGGUGAAAAUGUAGCCAUAGAUGAAGGUAUGGUUGCAUGGAGAGGUAACCUUUCCUUCAGAGUUUACAUGCCGGACAAGCCUGACAAAUUCGGGGUAAAAUUCUUCAUGUUCUGUGACUCGUCCAAUGGAUACUGUUCACAAAUUGAAAUCUACACUGGUUCCUCAGAUGCACCAUCAGAAAAAGAAAAAAUCUAUGACCUGGUCAUGAGACUAAUGAAACCAUACCUCAACAAAGGACACAAACUAUAUGUGGACAAUUUUUAA